UGCUUUGUUCAGUGGAGUACGUGGCUGGCCUCCUUUUCUGGCGCAGACCGUAAGCCCCAUUUCGUCCCAACAUUGCAUCAUUUUGUCCUCUAUUCAGCCCGCAUUGUUACGCCCAACAGGGUCUGUCUACCUUAAAUUAGCAGGUGAUCUUUCUUCUUCUCUUGACCUCGCAUCUCUUUCCAUCUUCUCUCGACGAGAAGAAGAAAUCCUUGAAGCUGGCCUUCUAAGCUGCCAUAUUCGCACUUCCUUGCUCGCACCAUUCCCACUUUCUUCUCGGAAAGCCGGUCUUUCCCCAUUUCCAAGCUUCUUCUCCACAGCCAUGUCACGCUACGCACCCCUGCCCCUCCUCAGCUUCACCACCGAAAAGAACGACGGCGCUGCCUCGCUGUAUUCGGACGCGAGCAAGGUCCCGUCGUCUCCCUCUCCUGUCAGUUCGUGCUUCACCGAUGGCGAGGAGACAGACUUUGACUAUGGCCGAGCCUCUGGUGCAAAGUGGACUCGUCUCCAAGGCAACCAAGAGUCCAAGGCUGAAGCAAUGACGUGGUCACAGGCUGCGUAUGAGGCUUCCUCGAAUGCAGGCAAGGCCAUCCUGCAGGCUGGCCUGCACAUGACGGAUCUCGCCACCAAGGCCGUCGUGGUGCCUGCCACCGGAGGCGACAAGCAAUAUUUUCAACCUCCUCCUCCAAGGCGACAGGGUUCUUCCUCAUCCACUUGCUCUUCGGCAUCAUCGAACUCGAGCUCGAGCUCACAACAAAACGGCGACAAGAUCGAAGGAACCUGGUCGGCUUACGUCCAGGACCUCGCCCUGCGCUUCACCGCGCCAAAGACGAACAAGAUCAAGCUGCACUAGCUGUUCUCCUCACCAAUCUUUUUCAUUUCCAGAACUCGCUGUUCGAAGAGGUUCCUAAUGAAAGGCUGAAAGCGUUAUGAAAUGUACGAUUCCUUCCUCUCAAGGUUCCUUGACCUUCAUCUCGCCCUCCUGGAACUGUCGAGCCCACUGUGGGACAAGGGGAUAUGGAAGAUGAGCAAAGCUGCUCUAGAGCUUCGCGCAGCGCUUGUCGAGGCUCGAGACUCACCAACAUGCUGGGAAUGGGCUUCGUGGGAGGGUUGUGACGCCACUGAGAUUCUCACGUCAGCUUAGAAAGUUAACG